AUGUCGCUCGUCAACUUCAAGUCGAAUGCAUCAGCGGCUGAAGACCUCAGACCUACCGUGAUUGCCGUAACAGAUGAAGGUGGUCAGAUCUUCUCUGCUGGUGGGUUAGUCGGUAUCCUUGCUCGCUGGGCCUUGGCAGCUGGGUUGGGUGUGGGCUAG